AUGCUAGGUUAUGGUACGGUUCAAUAUGAUAUGGUAAAGAAAGCUCUGGUCAUUGCUAAUGAAUGCUUUGGUUUUCCUUCCCAGCUGAGAUACCAGCAUGGCCUGUCCACUCCAGACCUCCGCCAGACCCUGCCCAACCUCAAGAACUUCCUGGAGCAUGGCCUUCUAGUCCAAUGGUAAGUACCUGUAGAAGUCCACUCUCAUUCUCCGUGUCUUAGUAGUAUUAGGCCACCCCACAUAGCACUCUUGCUUUCACUAUCUCUACAUCUUUUUCACUUCAGAUGGUUUCAGUUGAAAAUAUUGGUGAACAAAGCAGUGUAUGUUUCUUAGGGAUCUUCAAAACCAGCCUAAGGAGUUCAGAGUUAAACUCCACAUGCUUUUGAACUUACUGUUUGUUUGCAGCUAUUUCAUGGGGUCUGAUAGACGUCAGACAUUCAUUCAGAUCUCCUGAGCCUCAGGCCGCAGGCAUUGAAUGACCCCACCAUAGAACCUGAGAAUCAGCCCAUAGUAGAGACUAGAGACUUUCCCGGACUACUGCCGCCGGUCCACCCAUCACAGAACAUUGACUUGAAUGGGGAUACCUGUUCUAGUAAUUCUAAUUCUAUGACUCCGACUCCAACCAUCCAGCACACAGCCCUAUAAAAGGGAAAAUUAUCUUCUUUGAUCUGCUCUGCUCUCCCAGGGUCAGCAAAAGGGGGAAAUGUGUUUUACAACCUUAAUUGAAUAACCUUUUGUUUUGAAAGGAAAGAGGCCAUGUUAAAGCAAAGCAAUUGAAUCCUUGCCUCCUCCAUCUUCUCCUAAUGGGAAGUGGAAGCCCUUAACCCUUUACACUCAUGGGAAUUUGCCUAUAUGGAUAGGGCUACAUUGAAAUGUUUCUAACAGAAUAAAUAUGAAAAGCAGAUGCAUAACCAUGGUAGCAAUUGAAAGGGAACAGAUUGGAGGUUAUGGGAAUGUUAUUAAACCAAAGGUGAGGACACAACAGUUCACCUGACACAAGACUGAAUCCAAACAUAAACUGUUGAGUUUAUGUGCAUUUUACAUUUACUGUACUUUUUGCUGCAUUUGUUGAUAACAAAAAUUGAAAAUACUCUGGAUACAUUCAGUAACAUGAAAAAUGUGGGUAGGUGCAACAUAAGACAAACAUUUCUUACAAGGGUUUGAGUGAGUGGACUCUGGUGUCUCCAAGUGGCCACACACCUCUCCAAAGUGUCUUCAACUAUAAGGUACAUUUUUAAGCUCUCCUAGCUGUGCCGUUGAGGAACUAGAUCAAGCACACUUGUAGUUGUUUUGUUUGGAACACAACCCUGCAUCCUCGCCAUCACACAAUUGGGGCGCUAUUUUAACGAACCUAACACAAUUGUAAAUCUAAGCGCAGGCGGUAGCGCUAUAGGUUCAGGGGUGCUCGGCCAUGGAAACCCAUUUCAUGAAGCUCCCGACGAACAGUUACUGUACUGAUUUUGCUUCCAGAGACCGUUUGGAACUCGGUAUUGAGUGUUGCAACUGAGGACAGACGAUUUUUACGCGCUUCAGCACUCGGCGGUCCGUUCUGUGAGCUUGUGUGGCCUACCACUUCGCGGCUGAGUCGUUGUUGCUCCUAGAUGUUUCCACUUCACAAUAACAGCACCUACAGUUGACAUAGGCAGCUCUAGCAGGGCAGAAAUUUGACAAACUGACUUGUUGGAAAGGUGACAUCCUAUGACGGUGCCACGUUGAAUGUCACUGAGCUCUUCAGUAAGGCCAUUCUACUGCCAAUGUUUGUCUAAGGAGAUUGCAUGGCUGUGUGCACUAUUUUAUACACCUGUCAGCAACGGGUGUGGCUAAAAUAGCCAAAUCCACUAAUUUGAAAGGGUGUCCACAUACUUUUGUUCCCGUCUUGAGAGCCUGCCUUACCCGUACAAACACAUACUCUCAUACACACACACAGGGCUGAAACCUUCGUCAGGGGCCGGUGGCUGGCUGCUCACACUAAGCACAAACUGUCUGUGUGAGAACCUUUAGUCUUAACAGGCCAUAAGUUCGGUCCUCGUCACAGGACCCACAUAGUUCUCCCCUCUAACCGACUCAGACAGCAGGUACUGGGGGACAGUGAAACACUGAAACAGGGAGGACAUGCAUUAAAUUCUACUCUCCUUUUGCAUGGAACUUAUUUUAUUGACCCUCCUCUCCACCAUAUCACUUCCAGUUGCCCCUGCCUGAAAAAGCCUCAAUUCAGAUACUAUUUCCAGCGGAGGGGCCAAGCAUAUGAAAUAUGGACGCAUAAAAAUGCUGUGCGGCAGCUGCAGGGAGUUAACCGGUAGACUGUGAGAGGGAGAGAGGUUUGAUAUCCGUUCCCCUCUCCUCCCCUCUAUACGGGGGUGGUGGUAGGGCGAGGGCAUGUCCAAGGGAACCGUUUCCAUCCAUGAACUGUAGAGAUGUUUCCCCCUCCAUAUAUUGCUAAUUCAGCAUGUACAAUAAGCUGACUAGGAGGGCUCCUCAUGCAUGGGUACAUGGGCUUUAUCCAGGGGACUUCAUUGGGAAAUAUAUGGGUGUGUUUAGGGUUUGUACUUUACAGGAGACUGUGUGUUUUCUUUAAUGUUUCUACACUGAUCCCUUCCUACUAAAACAGUUGCAAACAGAGUCAAGACUUCUGUAGAUCCCAGUCACUGUAGACACAGGUGUAUAGAAGUGGAAGGGCUUGUAAACCUAGCCCCCUAAUGUUACAGAACCAAGCAUGUGGUUAAGGGAGCCAGUUACUUUAGGGUGAAUGGUAACUAAAAUAGAGUGAGUGAAAAGAAAGUGUUAAACAUUACAGUGAGGAACAUUACCAAAGCAGUUCUUCUUGCUUUGUGAACGGAACCGCCCCCCAAAGGUUUUGAAAAACCCCUGGUGAGAGAACAGUGAUAACAGACGUAAAGCUGGACCACUCCCUGUUGCCUUUAAACCAUCAGCCACAAAUGUAUGCCCACACACACAGACACACACUCACAGAACACACAGGAGGAAGUGUUUAGCCUUGCUCGGUCCUGUGUGUGUGUGUCUGUGUGUCCGUGUGCGUCCGUCCACCUGAAACAACCAAGCAUGUUCAGACAAAAUGACCAAUAACAGGGUCAGGAAUACUGGUACUGAUUUGUGUCAGUAAAUGACUGAACAUGCAUUGCAGUGAAGCUGUUAAAUGUCACAUCCAGCACAGUAGGUGUUUCAUUAUGUGGAGAUGAUUGUUCCAGUAAAGCCAUAGGGAUGGUAAUUGUUGAGAUAGUAAUAGCAGACGCCUAAUGUUGGGGAGGAACUCAUGCAGUAUAAUGAAUCAAAUAAAACUAAUGUGCUUGGAUGAGUGUGAGCAUUCCUACACAGACAGACACACUGACGCACACACACACACUGACAGACACACACACACACAGUUGGCUGUGCGUUGCAGGGUGUGUGUGUGUGCAUGUGUUUGUCUGUGUUUCUGUGUGCGUGUUAGCUGUACUGUGGUCCCUAUGGAUGAGAUCACAUCUGGAGGAAUGCUCCCCACCACCAGGCCUCUCUAUGAAUCAGACACCCCAGCCCAGCGCACAACUCCUUUAUGUGUCACUGAGACUCUGAGUACUAUACUAACAACACCAGCCGAUAUCAUUAUUAGUUGCCAUUCGUUGAGAUACUGUAUUGACUCCCGUCAGCUAUGUCAUUGUAAUGUGACAUGUCGCAAAUGAACGGAAUGUGGACAGUGUCACACUAUCUGUCGUACUGUGAAACAGUGUGGGAUACAGUAGUUCUCACCUCUAUUUGGAUUAGGUUGUUAUAGCUCGGCUAUGUCUUUAUAUCUGUGCCAUACAAAACUGCUGAGAAUAAAGUAAACUACAAUGUAGUCACUAUUGGCAACUUGUACAAUAUGUUAUACAUGCUGUGCUAUGGUGAUUUUGAUACGAUGGUUACGUUCUCCAUCUUCAAAAGGCCAGACUUGGAGAAAGGAGAUGUUCACUUAAAUCCCCCCCCUCAUUAAGUAAAACUUAAUGAGGAGUUAAAACAUCCAGAGUGAAGUACUGUGUCCCUUAAUCACAGGUCCUCCAAUGUCCACCCUGAAAGAGAGCAGGAUGCUUACAGUACACUAUGCCUGGCUAAUGUGUUAAGUACACUAUAUAUACAAAAGUAUGUGGACACCCCUUCAAAUUAGUGGAUUCGGCUAUUUCAGCCACACCUGUUGCUGACAGGUGUAUAAAAUAGAGCACACCGCCAUGCAAUCUCCAUAGACGAACAUUGGCAGUAGAAUGGCCUUACUGAAGAGCUCAGUGACUUUCAACGUGGCACCAUCACCACCUUUCCAACAAGUCAGUUCAUCAAAUUUCUGCCCUGCUAGAGCUGCCCCGGUCAAAUGUACAUUAUGUUAUUGUGGUAGGCCACACAAACUCACAGAACAGGACUGCCGAGUGCUGACGCGCAUAGCGCGUAAAAAUGGUCUGUCCUCGGUUGCAACACUCACUACCGAGUUCCAAACUGCCUCUGGAAGCAAAAUCAGCACAAGAACUGUUUGUCGGGAGCUUCAUGAAAUGGGUUUCCAUGGCCGAGCAGCCGCACACAAGCCUAAGAUCAUCAUGCGCAAUGCCAAGCGUCGGCUGGAGUGGUGUAAAGCUUGCCGCCAUUGGACUCUGGAGCAGUGGAAACGCGUUCACUAGAGUGAUGACGUAUGCUUCACCAUCUGGCAGUCCGAUGGACGAAUCUGGGUUUGGCGGAUGCCAGGAGAAUGCUACCUGCCGGAAUGCAUAGUGCCAGCUGUAAAAUUUGGUGGAGGAGGAAUAAUGGUCUGGUGAUGUUUUUCAUGGUUCGGGCUAGGCCCCUUAGUUCCAGUGAAGGGAAAUCUUAACGCUACAGCAGACAAUGACAUUCUAGACGAUUCUGUGCUUCCAACUUUGUGGCAACAGUUUGGGGAAGGCCCUUUCCUGUUUCAGCAUGACUGCAAGCCAGGCCUAAUCGCCCAACAUCAGUGCCCGACCUCACUAGUGCUCUUGUGGCUGAAUGGAAGCAAGUCCCCAUAGCAAUGUUCCAACAUCUAGUGGAAAGCCUUCCCAGAAGAGGGGAGGCUGUUAUAGCAGCAAAGGGGGGACCAACUCCAUAUUAAUGCCCAUGAAUUUGGAAUGAGAUGUUCGACGAGCAUGUGUCCACAUACUUUUGGUCAUGUAGUGUACUUAAGUAAAAAUACUGUAAAGUACUACUUGUCAUUGUUUUGGGUAUCUGUACUUUACUUUACUAUUUAUGCUUUUGACAACUUUUACUUUUACUCCACUACAUUCCUGAAGGAAAUAUGUACUUUUUACUCUCAUACAUUUUCCCUGACACCCAAAAGUACAUUUCGAAUGCUCAGGCAGGAUAGCAGUAGUCAAAUUCACGCACCUACCAAUAGAACAUGUUGUCAACCCUACUGCCUCUGAUCUGGCGGACGCACUAAACACAAAUACUGUGUUUGUAUAUUAUGUCAGUAUGAAAAAUGUAUGCACUCACUAACUGUAAGUCGCUCUGGAUAAGAGCGUCUGCUAAAUGACUAAAAUGUAAAUGUAAAUGUCUGAGUGUUGGAGUGUGCCCCUGUCUGUUUUACUUAAUAUAAGGAAUUUGAUUUAUAGCAUUUACUUAACUUUUAACUUUUAAUCAAGUAUGACAAUUGAGUACUUGUUCCACCACUGUAUUUAAGGACAUUUAAAACUAGAUACUUUUAGACUUUUACUCAAGUAGUGUUUUACUCUGUGACUUUCACUUUUACUUGAGUCAUUUUUUAUUAACCUUUACGGGAUCGGUGUCCUGUAUACGGGACGGUUGAGCUAACGUGCGCCAAUGUGAUUAGCAUGACUGUUGUAAGUAACAGCAAACUUUCCAGGACAUGGACAUGUCUUAUAUGGGCAGAAAGCUUAAAUUCUUGUUAAUCUAACUGCACUGUCCUAUUACAGUGUACAUGCAGGCAUCUGUGUUGGCCAGCUCUCUCCUGGGUCCAAACCUAGGUUCUCCUAAAGCUGAUAUGGAUUUCUGUGUGGUAGGGGCACUGGGAAAGAGCCAGGGAGAAACUAGAAGGCCUGAUAUUAAUUCAAAUCAGAGAUGGGAUCAGUCUGAGCUCUUGCCCCGAGGACGUCGUUCAGUGAAUAACAGACUGAAGGCAGUCAUUAGCUUGUUAUAAAUGACGGAUGGAACGUUUGAAACUCCUGCUUAAUAAACAGUCAGCUCCAACCUAUCCUCUGUUUGGAUAGGUGCCCGGCCUGGGCCACGGUUUGGUUUCGCUCGAUGGAAUGAUAAUUCAGUUCUCAUGGAAGGUCUUUAUUUUAUUAAUGUUUUUUUUUAAAUUAUUAUUAUAUACACUACCAGUCAAAAGUUUGGACACACCUACUCAUUCAAGGGUUUUUCUUUAUUUUUACAAUUUUGCAAGUUGUAGAAUAAUAGUGAAGACAACAAAACUAUGAAAUAACACAUAUGGAAUCAUGUAGUAACCAAAAAAGUGUUAAACAAAUCAAAAUAUAUUUUAUAUUUGAGAUUCAUAAAAUAGCCACCCUUUGCCUUGAUGACAGCUUUGCACACUCUUGGAAUUCUCUCAACCAGCUUCACCUGGAAUGCUUUUCCAACAGUCUUGAAGGAGUUCCCACAUAUGCUGAGCACUUGUUGGCUGCUUUUCCUUCACUCUGCCGUCCGACUCAUCCCAAAUCAUCUCAAUUGGGUUGAGGUCGGGGGAUUGUGGAGGCAAGGUCAUCUGAUGCAGCACUCCAUCACUCUCCUUCUUGGUAAAAUAGCCCUUACACAGCCUGGAGGUGUGUUGGGUCAUUGUCCUGUUGAAAAUCAAUUUAUAGUCCCACUAAGCCCAAACCAGACGGGAUGGCGUAUCGCUGCAGAAUGCUGUGGUAGCCAUGCUGGUUAAGUGUGUCUUGAAUUCUAAAUAAAUCACAGACAGUGUCACCAGCAAAGCACCCCCACACCAUAAAACAUCCUCCUCCAUCCUCUGCUACAACUCCCCUACGCAUUGCUUCUUGACACACUGCGCGCUUAACCCGGAAGCCAGACGCACCAAUGUAGGGCGGCAGGUAGCUUAGUGGGUAAGAGCGUUGUGCCAGUAACCGAAAGGUCGCUGGUUCUAAUCCCCGAGCCGACUAGGUGAAAAAUCUGUCGAUGUGCCCUUGAGCAAGGCACUUAACCCUAAUUGCUCCUGUAAGUCGCUCUGGAUAAGAGCGUCUGCUAAAUGACUAAAAUGUAAAUGUAAAUGUAAUGUGUCAGAGGAAACCCCGUCCAACUGACGACUGAAGUCCGCUUGCAGGCGCCUGCCCCGCCACAAGGAGUCGCUAGAGCACAAUGAGACAAGGAAAUCCCGGCCGGCCAAACCCUCCCCUAACCCGGACGAAGCUGGGCCAAUUGUGGGCCGCCCCAUGGGUCUCCCAAACCCGAGGCUGUAGUGGUGCCUCAGCACUGUGAUGCAGUGCCUUAGACCGCUGCGCCACUCGGGAGGCCUGGGAGGUCUGUUUUUAUUCCCGUCUUCCAAAUCAGUUUUUGUUUUACAUUUUUGGAGCGUGCUCAAAACACACCAGAAUGAUUUUGUUUAAGAGUUCACAGAUACAAGACACUAAUGGCAAACCAUUUGUCUUUGUCUUGGAGAAAACUGAUCAAGCGUUUUGAACAGUAUGUUGUUUCUAUUUAACCUCGGUAAUGGGAUAUAUCGUCGUUAAGGGCCAAUGUGAAGGCAUUUGCAUUAGAUGUUUUCAGAUAGACAGUGAAUAAGUACAGCACAGUACAUCCCCAGUUAUGGCUCAAAAGAAGAACACUCAUUCCAGAUUAUCUCAACUCCUUAUCUAUUUGUUUUACCGUGCAUGAACGUUUGACCUCAUCUUAUGUGUUCCUGUAAGCGCCUUAUUAAAUGCUGUCCGUGAGCUGUAAUUAUCAUCAGGUAUGACAUGGGCCAUCCACUCUGUGCAUGUACUGUAUACUCUAUGCUAUGGGUCCUCUUUUAUAGAGCACUCUGUGGACUGGGUGAGAACCGCUGUCUUGUCUCGUGUCUAUGACUCCCUCAUCAGGAGUGAGUCGCGCGCGUGUGUUUUUAAUACCCUGUGCGCUGCUGUCUCCAUAGGAGGCAGGGGCCACAGUCAGGACCCUCUUUACAAGCUACCAUGUGUUGAGUCCUGAAGCACUCCAUCAAACAGUUUGUCAAUGACCAGUCAGUCGUGUUUGAAACAUCCCCUGGCGAAGGUCUCUAUGUCCUCUGUGUGUGACCUGCUGUCACAUGCUAGACUAGACUUUAUCUGACAGACAACCAGGCGUCUGAUACAGGGACAUCACCACCCAGUGACCUCACCACCCCAUUAAGCCGUUUAACUAGCCAGGAUCAUUUACCCAGGCUCCUCUGUUCUCUAACCAGCCACAGGUGGACCUCUGACAGCACAGGGGCCCAAUUUCGCCUUUGACCCCGUGAGAUAUGCCACCAAUGACGCCUCUCAUACCUGAAUUAACAGGUUAAGUAUGGCUAAACAGGGUGGUGACGUUGGCCCGGCUAUGGCCCCCUUGUUUAAGUUAAUUUACAGUUGGGGUUUGCAUGGGACAAAUGGGGGUUGCAGUCUACAGAUGAGAUCUGCUCUGCUGUGUCCGUUAUCUGUUAUUCCGCAAAAAUGUAUUGGAUUCUUUCUAGGAGGCAUGCUGUGAGCUUCCACUAUGCAGGGCCCUGCUGUCACAUGAGCUGAGCAAAUGUUUUUUAAUGUAAUAAUGGGGAGUGAUUUGCAGUGGGCCAGCUGUCUGGGCUCUGGAUCAGGAGAGGGAGAGAUGAGAUCAAUGAAGAACCAUGUCCGAUCAGAGAGGCCUGGGGGCUGGGCAGGAGAGGGGGGCCUCCCUCCCUCUCUCCAUGACCCUCGUUGAAUGUGAAAGACUUAUGAGCAUAUCCAUCAUCUCUCUCUUUCUUUCUUUCUCUCCCUCUCUCUCCUCUCCCACAGUGACCGGCACCAUGUCUCCAGCUCCAUCCCGGUCCCAACAGGAGCCAAGUCUCAGCUCAAUGUCUCGGCUGCGUCCGAAGUGGGCUUCCCCACCCACACCAGCUCUCCUGACCGGGGCUUGCUGAGGAAAAGGGCCAGCUCCGAGGCAGACAAGCAGAAGUACAAGGCCUCCCCUCCUCCCAGCUACAACACGACCAUGGCCAUGGACCAGCCCCAGAGUGCACCGCCCGACCCCUCCCCCAAGCACUUGUCCUCCUCCCUGGACUUUAGCAUUGACCUGGCCAAGACUCUGGAGGUUCAGGCACAGGCACCAGUCCUUGGGGAGGGAGAGGGCGAUCGAGUGGUAGAGGGAGGUGGAGAAGGAGAGGUAGAAAGUGAGGUAAAGGAGGUUGUGGAGGAGCAAGAGCAACAGCCCUCCAGCACUACUACAGGAGGCUCAGAUUCCCUCACUCCGGCUGGGGGCACCACCAGUGAGCAAGUGGAGGAGGUGGCACCCACCAGCGAGCAGUAUGCAGACCAUACCAUGAACGGCUCAGUAUUGCCAGGCGAGGGGCUGGCGGGGCCCGCAACAGGGCUAACGUUGACCAUGGCAUUAAACCCAGAGAUGUGCUGCUCGGUGGAGCAGGCAGAGGAGAUUAUGGGGACUGAGGCAACAGGCCUGGGUUUAGGGAUGGGCCUGGGGGAUGGGGCCAGGCUGGAGGACUACCCCUGCAUCCCUGUGGAGCACGCCGUGGCCGUGGAGUGUGACGAGCAGGUUCUGGGCGAGCUGGACGCCGCCGGCUUUGAGGAGUUCUCCCGCCGCAUCUAUGCACUAAACGAGAACAUGUCCAGCUUCCGCAGGCCGCGCAAGAACACUGAGAAGUGA